AUGGACCGCAUUAGUCUGAGAGGGCGCGCCUAUUCACCAAUGCUGUACAUUGGUCAAUUACCAGUCUUGUACGGAACAUUUAGGAAAAUGGCACAAUGCUUACAUCUAAGGAGCCGACGUAUCAAGCGAAUGGUCGACGCCGCUGUCAAGACUUAUAUUCGAACCAGAGUCGAAUACGCAGCCAACAAGCGCAACACCAAGGAUCACGACAAUCAGCUGCCAGCAAAAGUCGAAGCCUUGGCCAUCAGCUACGUUGACCCAUGCACAUUUAACGGGCAGAUAGCAGCAAAACUUGCGUUUCUGGGUAGAGUAGACCUCAUGGUCAUCGGUAACAUGCCUGAAGCAGAGGCAAGAACCACAUUCGUGCAAGAAAUGCACUUCAGGCGCAUUGACGCAGACCUCAAGCCAAUGGAAAAGCUCCAGGCAUUCUCAGACAAUGAGAUCUUCUCGCCACGUGUUAAAGCAAUUACAGAAGCUGUACGAACAAUUGCUAGAGGUUUUCCUGAAGAGGGAAUUGUUGUAAUAGUAUUAUCUGUUCUCUUUCUCGAUAAUAUCCUGGAGGCCAUCACACGCUUAUCCCAGGAGGAAAUUAUAUUCCAGUUCAAGGUUUCAGAAUAUAAGGGAACUUUAAAAGUUCCUGAGCGAGCGAAUAUAAUUUCAAACUUUAAUAAAGCAGAUGGUCUAACCAGAGUCUUGCUUGCGAGCUCUGGUGAUGGAGGCACUGGUGUAAACAUGUACGGUGCAUCCCAUCUGAUUCGUACAUCGCCAUUUUGGACGCCUGUCGAAGGAGACCAAACGAAGGGCCGAGUAUAUCGGCUUAGACAGAAGCGCGAGGUUCAUAUUUGGGAAGUUGUCUCUUCGGGCGUCAUGUUUGACACGUUGAGCGUCAGAAGCGAUCAAGUUCAGUCGGCAAACUUCUUGUCUCGCAUCACAUCAGACGACACGGAAGCAGGCAAACUCUGGCCUCUUCAGAUGAAUAUAAAAGGAGAGCCCUGGGAAAGGAAAGGCAAAUAA